CAUAACAGAAGAAGAACUGCUUCAAAUGGUCAGAGACUUCAUUGAAUCAGAGUCUGCCUCUCCCAUCUCAACUUCAUCUUCAAAAGCUCUUUCUCACAAUGAUCAUCACCUUCCAUAUCUCGCCUUACAGGAGAUCCUUCGAAACGCCACAGAGACUGAGGCUGGGGUUCUUGAGAAAAUCUUGAUGCAUGUUAGGGACAUGGGAAUUGCAGGGGAGAAGAAAUGGCUAGUGAGAAGACUGAAAAUGGAUGGCUAUGAAGCUUCUCUUUGUAAAACUUCUUCGGUCUGCGCUUUUGGUCGCUCCAAAGGCUUGCAAUUCUCAGGUGAUUAUGAAUACAUCGAUGUGAUGGUGAGAGACAGCAACAAUGGUGAUGAUCAGAAACCAACAAGGCUGAUAGUAGACAUUGAUUUCCGGUCCCACUUUGAACUGGCAAGGCCUACAGCAACCUACAAGGAGAUCACCAACACCAUCCCUUGUGUCUUUGUGGGAACUGAAGAAAAGCUCAAGAACAUAAUCUCUCUGCUCUGCUCAGCUGCAGAGCAAUCCCUGAAAGACAGGGGCCUCCACAUUCCUCCCUGGAGAAAAGCCACCUACAUGCAAUCCAAGUGGCUUUCUCAGGACUGCAAAAAAGUCCCCAUCUCACCCAACACGGAUUUGGGUGCAGGUGAGUGAAAAAACCAAGCAUUAACACGCCAUCAUGCUCCUCCAAGUUUAGCAGAUCAUGGGCAUCCCCAAUUUUGAAGCCUUUUAGAACAAUUACAAAUGGGUGCAGUGCUUGAGUUUUG